GCUUGCACGAGCCAACCCACCUUCCCUUUGACCCCAUGAGAGCACAGCAUCUCUCUCUUUAACUCUCCCCCACUCUGCCUGCUUUGAUUCAUCAGACACGCAAGAAAAAAUGGUGAGGUGAAAGGCUUAAGGAAGAAGAGAAGAAAAGCUCUGCUUCGACAUCUCCAUUUGGUGCGAUGGAGGAGUUCAGGUCAGGGUCGUAUGGGGAUGGGAGGAUGGAGAUGGAGGUUUAUGGGAGCAGGCCUCAGCCUUCGAUCUCAGGCCCUCAUGACUUCAGGUGCUACAGUGCAUCCUAUGCCUCCUCCCAAGGCGGCAACCAGGCUUCUAAAGAGAUCAAGCUCAAGAAGGGCAAGAGCACCUCCGGCUCCUCCUCCUCCAAGUCUGGGUGGAGCCUCAGUGACCCUGAGCUGCAGAGGAAGAAGAGGGUGGCGGGAUACAAGGCUUACGCUGUGGAGGGGAAGAUGAAGGGCGGCUUGAGGAAAAGCUUCAGGUGGCUCAAGGACAGAUGCACCAAGGUGGUGCAUGGAUGGUGGUGAUUCGUUUAGGUAUUGUGUCAAUGCAUGUCACAAUCCAAGCUUUUUAGAUCUACGCAUCUAUAAACAUCAGAGAGAUUGAUGUUCUGCUGUUAUCUCUUGCUCUGUCUAUCUAGCUUGAUGAUGUAUUUCUUGUGGAUGGGUUCUUUCUAUUGAUGAGUUGCAUGACUUCCACAACCA